AUGCAUGAUUUAAUUCACAUAUUGCUUCCUCGGGAAGAUGAUAAUGGGGCCUCGCGCGGCCGACGGGCAUUGGUGGUGACUGCAGUGCUAACCACCCUUUCGAUUGUCAUCGUCGCAAUGCGAUUCUACGCUCGACUUGGAUUGAUGAAAAUCACCGGUCGUGAAGACUGGGCUAUUCUCAUUUCUUUGACAUUUUCCAUUGUCUACCUUGCACUCGUCGCUGCCCGUAAGUUCACGAUGUGCAUCGGCGGUGAUCUCAAGAACCACCCACUAAUAUGGACGAUAGAACUACAUUAUAAGAUGGGCGUUCACUCAGCACUUCUUUCCAGCCAUGUCUUGCAGCAACAACUUAAGUGUUUGUGGGCUGCAAUUCCCAUGUACAACGCCAGCUUGGCAUGCACCAAAUUCUCCAUUCUCUUCCAAUAUCUGCGCAUCUUUCCCGGCAAACCUUUCCGCCUCUCCUGCUACGUCAUGAUGGCAAUCGUGGCUACCUACUCGUCAUGGGCCUUCGUGAGCGGCUUCGUGGGCUGUGUCCCUGUGGCCAAAUUUUGGAACAAGGACUUGCCCGGCAACUGUCUCAGUUUCGAGACUGUCUGGUUCUUCAAUGCUUCUAUGAACAUUAUAACCGAUAUAGCGCUGCUGGUGUUGCCCAUGCCACUAAUUUCCAAGCUACAGCUGCCCCGCACGCAGAAGAUCGCCCUAAUGGGGGUCUUUGCCAUUGGGAUCUUAGUCGUGGUCACCAGCAUUCUCCGCCUGUCUAGUUUACGAGAAGUAGCAAGAAAUCCGGACACUUCCUAUAGCAAUGUCGGAGCCGCGUACUGGACCGCUGCCGAAUGCAACGUCGCCAUCAUGUGUUCCUGUCUCCCAUUCCUGCGACCCAUCGUCAGUCGCAUCUUCCCCAGGCUUCUCUCCACAGGAAGCUCGAAUCGCUAUGCUGCCACCAAAGCCACAGGGACAAACCUCACCGGAACUCGCAAUCUGACACGUCAUACUCAGCUGCAUAGCCAGAACCAUGAUAAGGACUACGAUAUGUAUUCGAUCAAUGUUAAGCCUGGUGACCGCUCCAGCCACAGUUCGCUCGCAGGUAUCGAGGUUACCACCGAGAUGAGCAUUAUGCAGGAGUCGACUCCGAAGAAGAGUACCAGUGAGCAUACCCUUGUUUAG